AUGUCUUCAUACGAAAAACCCAGCCUAUUCGAAAUGGACGCCGACAAGAUCAAGAUGUUCAUGCAGAUCUUGCCCAAGCUGCCUCUGAUGGCACGGGUGGUCUUGUUGCACAUGCUUCAGAUGUCACCUCCGAGCAAAUAUGUCGACAUGAGGACCGAGUUGACCGUGGCCGUUAUACGGUCCUUCCUUACUCCCUCAAAACCCACUACCAUAUCCUCGACACAGAAGCUUCUCAACAAGGACCCCGGCGUCAAGGGUCGUAUCUGGGUGGCCAAGUACACAGCACCCACCCCCAAGGAGACCAGCAUGCGCGAUGUUGUCGUUCGUGCCGUCGAGAAUAUGCGCCAGCCCAGCAGCAACGGCAGUCCGCCGCCGCCACUGAAGGAUGUUGAGUGGCCCGAGACUGCCCCAGUCGAGGCCGAGUGGACAGGCUACCGAGCAGGCGCGACACCCCAGUCAAGGCUACCGCCCAUCACCGAGGCUGAAAAGUACUCGGAGAUGAUGAAGGAGGUGAAGAGCCCAGCUACUAUCCUUUAUUUCCACGGCGGCGCCUACUACCUCAUGGACCCUGCCACUCACCGGCCGGGGACAAAGAAGCUGGCAAAGAUGACUGGCGGGCGAUGCUACUCAGUGCGGUACAGGCUGGCGCCCCAGAAUCCUUUCCCGGCAGCACUUAUCGACGCGCUGCAGUCGUACCUCACUCUGCUGUACCCGCCUCUGGGAGCUUUCCAUGAGGCCGUCAAGCCAGAACAUGUGGUCUUUUCAGGUGACAGCGCCGGAGGCAACUUGUGCAUGGCCCUUACGCAGCUCCUUCUUGAGUUCCAAAGGACUAACACCAAGAUCCAAUGGUUCGGCCAGGGGGUCACCGCCCCUCUCCCCGGAGGCGUGGCCCUCAGCUCCCCAUGGCUGGAUCUCACGCACUCCUCACCAUCGUGCAAGAACAAUGCCGCUUUCGAUUAUCUCCCCAUGCUCCAGGGCCUCGAAAAGAUGGAACGGCCGUCCUGCCCAGCGUGGCCCGCAAAACCGCCACGGAAGAUGCUGUACUGCGCGGACGCAUUCAUCGCACACCCCCUGGCGUCUCUCGUCACCGCAAAGAGCUGGGCAGGAUGCCCCCCGGUGUACAUUUCCUGCGGGUGGGAGCUGCUUGCCGACGAGGACAAGUACAUGGCGGUCAAGCUGCACUCGGACAAGGUGCCUAUCGUAUUCGAGGAGUUCGAGGCCAUGCCACACUGCUUCCCCAUGGUCUUCAUGGACAGCCCUGUGUCCACGAGGUGCUUCGACGCGUGGACGGGCUUCAUCAAGGACGUCGUGGAGCAUGGGCCCUCGAGCGUGGAGACGGCAUUCAGGACGCUCAAGGCCAAGACGCUCAAGGAAGUCGACGUUGACCCGGCCAAGCUGAGCCCCUACACCGAGGCUGAGCUGCGCGAGAGGCUAAGAAACCUAGGUAAGGAGAGGGCGCCAGCCAAGGCGCCAGCGGACGUGGCUGCGAAACUAUGA